GAUGGGAUGGGAAACUUGAGAAUCACAGAAAAAGGUCUAAGGCUGGAAGGAGACUCAGAAUUCUUACAACCUCUCUACGCCAAAGAAAUCCGGUCCCGACCAGGCAAUGCUCUCUACUUCAAAUCUGCCCGGAAUGUCACGGUGAAUAUCCUCAAUGACCAAAUGAAAGUGCUCACGCAGCUGAUCACAGGUCCAAAAGCUGUCGAAGCUUAUGGCAAAAAGUUUGAGGUAAAAACUGUUUCUGGAAAACUGCUCUUCUCUGCAGAUAACAAUGAAGUCGUAGUAGGAGCCGAGAGAUUAAGAGUUUUAGGAGCGGAGGGCACAGUGUUCCCCAAAUCUAUAGAGACGCCUAAUAUCAGGGCAGACCCCUUCAAGGAACUAAGGCUGGAGUCCCCAACCCGGUCUCUGGUGAUGGAGGCCCCAAAAGGAGUAGAAAUAAAUGCAGAAGCUGGCAAUAUGGAAGCCACCUGCAGGACGGAGCUGAGACUGGAAUCCAAAGACGGGGAGAUUAAGUUAGAUGCUGCAAGAAUCAAACUACCUAGGCUGCCUCACGGAUCCUACACAGCUGCAGGGACCAGGCAGAAGGUCUUUGAGAUCUGCGUCUGCUCCAAUGGGAGGCUGUUCCUGUCCCAGGCAGGAACCGGUUCCACUUGUCAGAUAAACACAAACGUCUGCCUUUGAAAGACUGUCCAUGGGGACAUGGACGGCAGCAUAAAAGCCUUUUCCUGGCUUCAGACACUGGCUGCCAGCUAUUUUUACUAGAAACACAGAAGGCCUAUCAAAGCCUUGUGUGUGUGUGUGUGUGUGUGUGUGUGGCUUGUGUGUACGUGUGAAUGUGGGGCGUGGCUGGGUGGAUAUAAAUAUAUAUAAAUAUAUAUAAAUAAAUAUAUAUAUAUCCUCUGUAUAAAAUGAGGUUUCAGUACAAAAGGAACCAUGGGUGACCCUGUGAUAUCCUCCCUCAUCUCCAUCCCCUGCCCCAACCACCAUGCACACGAUCGACUCUCUCUCCACACGAUUCUCCUAGAUACCCCACUAGCCCUUCCGAACCCCUCAUUGCUCUGGACACUUUGGACUGUUCACCUGUAGGGUUGAAUGAUGGCCUGCCUUCUCCUUCACUGCCAUCGCAGGUCGUGAUGGCGGGAAUCUCCGAGUACCCUCGUGCGCGGCAACCUGGCCCAUCCAAACAGAUCUUUGGGUUCCCUUUUAUCUUGAGGGAAGCAACCCACUUCUCCCUCUUCCAGUGAAGGCUGGGACCGAGCAAUAGAAGUCACCCAGAGAAACUCAAAACAGCCAAAUGUAAAGAGGCUUCUGAGUUGGGUGAAUGAGAUAGAUGGAUUUUAGCCAAGUGGAGUGGCUCAUCCAACUCCUGCUCUCUUGCUUCCUUCAAACUCACAUAUUAUCCCUCAGUCCAAAUAGGAGCUGUAAAUCAGCACAAAAUAGCACUGCAGCUGCUCCUCGGUCGGCUGGAAGCAGCUCAGCGGCCCGUCAGGCAGACAGUAAAUGGGUGGUAUGUCUCUGUUUAAAGGGAAAAAAUGGCUCAAAAUCUGUUAUGUCCUCAUUUCUGACUUUAUCUAACAGAGUCCAACCAAAAUGAUCGGUCCAUCAAAAUCUCUUCAGAGUGCUACCCCAUCCUCAGAGAAGCCCUUAGUGAUGGUGUUGAGUUCAGAUGAGCAGAGGGGAUUAAUUCCAGUAAUAUGUUACCUGGAGAGGGGAAGUAAUUUAUAGACACUCCUUUUGUUUUUACAGGCAAAGUUUGGCCCUUAAAUCUCCUUAUCACUCUUUUUCAGUAUUGGGGUAUUCACUUUCCUAAAACCCCCCCUUAUGUUUUCCCCAAAGAGAGAGAGCCAAAAGCCACUAAUUUAAAAUCUGACAUAACCCCAGAAGUGCUAGCUAAGAAUUAACAUCAAUGGAGUCAAACUAAUCAGAUCCUGUGUCCAGCAGCAUCCAUACCCCAGAGAGGAGAGCAACUUCGCAUUCCCGCCAUCACGACCUCUCGCCCCACCACCUUCAUCAUCACUUUCAGGGUCACCCUGGCCAGCUCUUGUGCUGGGACGGGGGAUUACACCAUCUCUGUUCAAAGAGGGGGAACCGUGCCUAUGCCUUAAGUCAAUGCACUCAGCAAGGAGAAGCACAUCCUAUUUAUCUUGGUGUUACCUGUAGUUUAUUUUGGGUAAUUACAGGGGAAUGGGUUAGUAAUGUCCGGCAUGUCUGCAAAGCCUAUUGAAAACCAUGUGGCUGAUGACUGGCCUCUGUGGAGCCCAGACUGGACACGACAUUGGCUUGGAUGCCAUUUGGGCAGGGUGGCCCCAUGAUCCUAAUUGAAGUAGUGUGCGAAGGCCUGAAUGGCAUUUGUUUCUUCCUCCACUAGUUUCUCAUUUUUGUUACUUCCCAAGCAGGGGGAAAUGGCAAUGGGAGAUGAGUAAGAGCUUCCAGAUGGUUGCCAACCAAGCAACAGGCUGAGGUUUGCACACCAGGAUGGAGAAGCAAGUGUAUGUUGCUUAGUCAAGUGACUAAGGGAUGAGGGGUGGUGUCUAACCUGGCCAGUGGCCCCGCUGACUUCUAGAACCCAGGCUCUCUGUAGUCACUUGUGCUCUAUGUCCUAUGUAGAACUGGGUGGUUCAAGGGCAAGAUCCUAAGAUCAAUUUGCUGGUCCCGCUAGGGUCUAACGAGGAUAAUCAAAGAUGUCAAGUCACUCUGGAUUGGCGUCAUUUAGAUCCUGUAGGGCCUUGCUGGUAGAAAGCACGUGGACCACACAACAGGCUCUGUCAAUCCAAGAAUGUCCCUCCUUGGCUCCUGGGAGAGCCUGCCCAUAAUUAGCCAGAGAAAGAGGAUAACUGUGUGAUCCACUGUGGCUAAAUCCCUUAAGGCAAAGUUUUUUUAAGCAGACAGAUCAUUUCUGCAUUUUACCAUCUCAAUACACAACAUAUAGAUGAUAAGACAAGGAAAUGUUCCCUGAACCUUUGUCCUCUGAUUUUGUUCUAAUUGUUACAUUAAAGGCUGAGAUCAGCCUCCUUGGGAAUUUUUUAUGUCAAUAAAAAGGACUUAUAGGAUCCUACUUCUAAAACUUACUUCUAAAAGUAAUUGGAUCAUCAUUAGAAAGAAAAUAAUACCCACCACCAUGAAUAGAAGCCAACCACCCAAGGGAAUAGACACUCUGAUUUUUAUUUGUGUGAUUAUGUCAGAUAGUAUGCAGGAAAUUCAGCAUGGAUCAAAUUAUGUAUUUCAGUUCAGGCUUUAAAAUUUCAGUUUAAUACAUUCUAAAUUCUUCAAUGUAAAGCUUUUCCCCCUAUCUUCCUCCAAGUAAAUUAUUUGUCCAUGGUCAUAAGAGAAAGUUUUACGUGAAUUCUGGGGAAAAAAAAAUAAUAUAUCUUUUGCAUUAAAAUCUGGUAACCAUUAAUUUUAAAAAAUGAGAUUCUUUCGUUCUCAAGAUUUAUAUGUAAUAUCUUCUAGACAGCCACAUCUUUCAGGACAUCAAGCAGCUGUGAUGUGACAAAGCACUCAAAUGAAUCUCCUGUGUUCUAGAAUUUCUAGGGUGUUACUAUUCAGCAGAUUCUUAUCAAUUAAAACUUGAUCUCCAAAUAUAUGUUUAGAACUGAGUUCUAUUUGUUAUUUGCUCAAUAAGUCAUAGAAGUUCUGACUUGGGAAUGUACUGGAGUUUUUCAAAAAGUGUUCCUGGUGCCAUAUAUGUAGGUGAUGCCAGGUAGUAUGAGGCUUUUUGAUUGUUACAUUACAAAGGGAAAGACCUUACAGAUUUGUAUUGCCUUUGAACUCCUUGAAGGUCAGUUCUCCUUUGGAAAAUUUUCAUUGUCUGCACAGCAACCAUAGACCAAAGAUGGCUCAAGGUUUGACCCUAGCACAGGGGUCGGGAGGCGCUGCGGGUCCCUAGAUCAAAUCUGGCUCCCCACCUGUCUUUGUCACUGAUGUUGCCCAGAUGUAUGGCCAUCCCCUACCCCCUCCACUUCAUGGUGUCUGUGGCUGACCAAACCCUCCAACAGAAGAGUUCAGUGGUUAUACCAGACACCUUGUGAUCUACAAAGCAUGAAACCCUUACUAUUUGGCCCUUUUGCAGAAAAAGUUUGCCAACUCCUGAGGUUGAGGUGAAGCAUGGGAUAUGACUGAUGCAGUGCAGAGGACCAAACCUCACACAGCACGGCAUGAGACACCAGCCCCACAUGUGCUUGAGAAUAGAGAUACUGGUUACAAAAGGCAAGCUGAUGGGCGGGUGAAAGGGAUUGCUUUGUCUGAGAAACACAGGCAUGUGGGAUUCUUGGGGACAGAUUAGGGGAAGGCUAAGUGGAAAAGGAAAGCUGUGAUCCUCUAGGGCUUUUUCCAGAAGAUCCUGACUUCUUAAAUGAUUUCCAUAGUCAGCAUCACAUCUAACAGGCCUAGUGUUUCAAUCUAGAAUCUCUUUGCUCAAGAGACCAUUUCUGCUAGCCUCGAGAGUUCCACCCCACCUUCACCUAGUCCAGAAAGAUGCCUAGCCCACAGGGCUCCUGGGAAUGCAUCUGACUCACGGGUCUGUCUGGCGCCCAUCACCCCAGUCACUGGUACUUGCACUGGCCUUACUGGUCCUAAGACUACACCAGGAGUGAAGGGCUGGUAGGACCAAUAAAUGAUUAGGAAUAUUGGACAAAGCAUCUUAAAGCACAUAGGGAGGAAAACUAUAAUAAGACUCAUGAAGCAUUUCCUGGGAAGAUUGAGAUUAAUGUCAAUUUGAUUUUAUUUCCAAGGAUCUGGGUCUUUGUUCUUUGGUAAAGGAAACACAGAAAGCCCUUGUUUUAAUUCAGCCAUCUGACUCUGUGUGAUAAGAUCAGUUCUUAGCUGGCUCUUGUCCCUAACAGGCACCCCCCUGCUAACCCAGGGCUUGACAUUCAUAUUCAAUAUCAUUAAAAUCACAUCAGAUGUGCAUGAGUCUUUGUAAGGAUGAGUAUUCACAUUAGGAAGGAGAAGUUGGGAUUUUUAUCAGCUUUCUUUCUUUUUUUUUUUUUAAACAAUCACUAUUGACCAGACCUUAACCAGCAUCUCUUGCAACAGCAGUCUCACCCUAGAGCGAGGUGAGAAUACAUGAUUAUUUAUUUUAGGCAAAGGUAUCAUGACAUUUGGACCAAAGAGGUCAACAGAUCCCUGGAAGCACCUUUUAUUUCACCAUGAAAGGUGAAGAUCUCAUUCAAGUGAACUGUAAACAAGAUCCUUUUUCCCAAACCAGGAAAUUUUAGACACAAAAACCACUAGCCGAGUAGCUCCUGAAAGGACCCAUGUGUUGCAUCUCAGCAGCAAGUGGGCAAACAGUUACCCUGAAAGAUCUAACCUUACAAAAUAGGCGUUUGAUCUCAAAGGUAAACUGUCUCUUUUGGUCUUUCCUCACUUUCUCCUCCACCAGUUCCAGCCCCUUUCCAUUAGAAGAGUGAAAAGGGCUGUCUUCAGGAUGGCAGAUACAUCUCUUUCUUUGCAGACAUCACUAUUCAAAAUCAUACAGCUGCCUCUGCAGGUCUUCACAAAGCUACCCCACUGAGAAGGACAAGCUCUCUGAAACCCACCGCUUCAUUAGCACAGAGCACCACACAUGUCAGCACUUCCAAAAGCAAUGCGCUUUCUAGGGUUUUCAAAGGCUUACUUCCUAGUGGGGGUUCUUGAAAUUUCUCAAGGCAGGUUUGAAUGCAAAGGGAAAUAAUUACGAUUGGGUGGUCCCUGUUGUGCACACAUUUAAUGAAAAUAUCCCAUUUGGAGAGACCUGCUAACAUAUGCCAUUCUGUUUGGGUUGACCUUCCCUCCCGGCCCCCUUCCUUUGCUAUAUAUUGACAAAGAAGGAAAUUAGCAUCUUCCUUGGAAAAAGAAAAGUUCAAGAAUAUAUAAGCCCUGUACACAACAGAAAUGGGUAUCAUCACAGUACUGAUAUUAUUAAAUCCAUCAAUAAACAGUCUCAAACAUUCAACAGCAAAGCUAACUGCUAAUGCACAACCUUCUGCUGGCAAGUGGUUUUGCCAGUGCUGCUUCUAUAGGAUUUCUGAUUGAAACAGAAAAAAGGGAAAAGCUGCUUUAGGCAAAAAGCACAUAUAGAGUCCAAGUCACCUUUCAUCAGAGGGAGACUGAGCUGAGACCCAAAUGCAGACUUCCUUACUUGGGGAUAAAGGGAUUUUGCUUCAUGGCUGAGUACUAGCUAAGAUCAGUUCAAUAAGCAGAAGUGAGAAGGAAGCAUUUGUUUCCCCUAAAAUCCACUCUGCAUUCCUGGGGUUAUCUAGCCAUUCCUGUUUAUCCAAAGUCUUGACAGUCUGUCUCUACACUUUGGCUAUUUUUAUGGAACCAGAGAUAACUCAAAUUUCUUAAGCAAGAAAUCCCAAGCUGAUCAGUGGUUUACUGAGGAGCAGAACAGCAAAGGAUUUUUCUGAUUGCAAGAAGAUGAUCUUUGUCAACAAGGAAGAUGCUGAUAUUUCUUUAUCCCCGUAUUCAUUUAAUUCAUGAGUUUAUAAUUUGGGGGCGGGGAGGGUCAUAGGGUCUUGCCAACGGAGAAAAGUUCUGAACCACAAAAUCCCACAUAAAACCAAAUAAGUUCUCUUGAACCAACACCCUAAGACAUGUCAAGAGUUGGAAUCUGUUCUCUAAUUAUAAUAAUUUUUUACUAACUAGCUAAUUAAGCACCUGCUAUGUGCUAAACCUGCAUUCCUUAUUUCAUCUUCAAAACAAUUCUUUGGAUUCAGUCCUAUUAUAAUGCCAAUUUACUCAUGUAGAAACUGAGUCCUAUAGAGGUUAAGACACUUGUGUAAAGUUACCAGUUAGAAAAUGACAGAGGUGGCAUGUUGAUCUCAAUGCAGAACUCUGUGCUAUCAAGUCACCCACAGAUGAGCUAUCUUUCAGUUGUUGAGAACUGUCUCUUACCAGUUGAGAUGUGUCUCCCUCUUGAGUAGGUGAGGCUGAGAAGGUUUCUCUUAUCCAUGGCCGCAUCCAAUACCAAAGUAGAGAUCCCUAGUUGGAAAUAUAUAAGGUCUGUUGAAUAAUGGAAUCUAGAACCAAAAGAUGUUAUUUUUUCCAUGUGAGACUCUAAGUCAGGUUUCUUGUCCUUAUAUAUUGAAAGAUAUAUAGGUUGCCAGUCUUAUAUUUAAGAGAAAACUUUAAUAUUCAGUGACCCAAAUAUUAAAUUAACAAAUUAACACCUCUGCACACCUAGAUCUCCUUCCCUUAUUUCUCACUUCAAAAGGCAAAUGUCUUUUUUUGAGUGGUCUCUGAUGCCAUUUAGUUAUUGUACCUAACUUGUGGCAAAACUCAAGAACCAAAUAGAAGUAAACUCAUGCUCCAUGGCUAUCCCUGCCUCCCUGCAAGAACAGAGUAGAAGGAUGUACACUAGACAUUCAUUACCCAAGCUGGCCUUAUAGGCCCUCCAGGCUUGAGUCCCACAAAUUUACCCAGCAGUCAUCACUGAUGGAGCACACUUUCCCUAUAAGACAAUUCUCGCCAAGUGCCCAGGCCGGCACUACAGUUGGAAAUGAGACCCACUUGCCAACGCUUGUAGAACCAGUGGUAUACUUUACCCUUGACCCUGUUCGAUUAUACUGGUGUCCUAGAUUCACAAACCAGCUUGGUGGCAUUCCAACUAAGAAAGGAGAGAUGAGUGCAUCUGCAGUACCUUACAACUUGGUGUCUUUGGAGCACUUUCAUCUUCUCAGCAAAGGGAACAGUAUUUGAUGUCUAUGAGUUAAAGGACCUAAAGUGGCUUUGAAGAAUUGACUCAGCCAUUGACCGUCUAUGGCUGUGCUAAGGUCAUACAGUUAAACUGCCCCACCCUGAGCUGAGACACCACAGCAGCAAAGAGGUUGGGGGGGCAUCCUUAUCUGCUUUUCUUCAACAACAGGUACCUGAAACAUGGGUGGUAGUGUGAACUGAGCUCACCAGCUUAUCAAUCCCAACAGGUUGAGCCCCCAGGGCCAGCCAGGCUUAUGCGUCCUCAUUUCACUCAAACUUCCCACACACCUUAGUAAAGGUGAUUAGAUAAAAAAAAAAAAAAAAAAA